AUGCAAUUUCCAACAGCAAAACUUCUUAUCACCGGAAUUUUUGUGGUACUUGGAGGUGGAUUUAAUUUUGGUUUUCAAGUAUCAAUUAUCAAUCCGUUGGGUAAACCGUUGCAACAAUUUUUAGCACAAUCUUUGGAAAGCCGUUAUGAUAUAAAAUUUUCGGAAUUAUCAAUACGAUUAUUUUGGUCAUUUGUUGUUGGCAUUUUAUUCGUUGGUGCGAUUAUUGGUGCUACAGUAAUACCAACGGUAAUUAAUCGUAUUGGAUCGCGACGAUCAUUUAUUAUUAUUGGAAUUUUAAUGAUUAUUGCUCUUUUCUUUUCUCCCUUAUCACAAUAUACAAAUAUUGCGGAAUUAUUUAUUCUUUCACGAUUUAUCGUUGGUAUUUGUAUUGGUAUGUGUACAACUGUACAAGGUGUAUUUUUAACUGAAAUUAGUCCAGUUUGUUUUCGUGGCCUAAUGGGUACAUUAACUGGCCUAUCCACUAAUAUUGGUGCAUUGCUUGCAUCGAUGAUUAGUUUGCCACAAAUUUUUGGUACCAAUAAUUUAUGGCCAUAUGGUUAUUAUAUGGAAAUGAUACCAUGCUUAAUGCUUAUAUUCUAUGCUAUUUUCUUCCUUCAUGAAAGUCCAUUAUAUUUUUUGAAACGAAUGGAUGAAAAUGCUGCAAAAAAGGUCUAUGAAUUUUAUAAUGGAAAGAAUGAACAAACUGAAAGAUUGCAAAUACAACAAAGGAAUGAAAAUGAAAUAAAAGAAAUUAAUUGGAUGAAACUUUUGCAUGACAGAGCAGCUAGUAGAGCGUUAUAUCUCUCAAUACUUUUGAAUUGUACGGUAAGCUUUAGUGGUAUUGUUGCAAUGGCAUUUUUUGGUACAAUUCUUCUUAGCUCAACUGGUUUUACACCAACCGGUGCAUCAUUGGCAAAUUUUCUUGCCGGAUUUGCUGGUACCAUUGGAAUUCUUAUUCAAGCUAUUACCAUUGAUAAGAUUGGACGCCGUUUUUUGCUUCUUGGAAGUUUGAUUAGCUUAACGGUGGUAAAUAUUGGAAUGAUGAUAUUGAUUUGGACCUUUCAACAAUAUCGCUACACCUGGCUUGGCUAUUGUUUUCUUUUUCUCUUUGCAUUAUUCUUAUUCCUUUUUAGUAUUGGUAUUGGUCCAAUUGCAUGGUUUAUUGCAACCGAAUUAGCUGAACCACGCUUUCGUGCUCAACUUCAAUCAUUAUCUAUUUCGGCACAAUAUAUUACCUGUUUUUUAUGUCCUAUUAUUUACCUACCAUUGGAGGAAUUAAUUGGACCAUUUAGUUUUCUCAUUUUUAUCAUUCCACUAAUCACUACAACAUUUGUCUUCUAUUACUGCAUGCCGGAAACUCGUAAUCGUAAUUCGGAAGUAAUUCAUCGUUUGUUGGAAGGCAAAAAUUAA